AUGAGAGAGCUGGACAAAACAAUCUUGUCCGCCUCCUGCAGCAAAACCAAGCCACCCACAUUCAGGUCUUGGUCGCACUCUGGUGAAAUUAUCAGAGUAACCUGCAACGAUGACCUGACGUUGGAAUGGCUAAAAACCAAGGUACCAACCUUAAAAACAUGGGAAGGAGCAAGACUCGCAGUUGUAAUGAUGGACGAGCUCCCCAAGCUCACCAAAGCCUCUCUCUGGAUCCUAGGGGAAGCGCAAGCCGACCUUGACCAAAAAGAGGUUGUGCUUAGGCGUGUUGAAGGGCAAAACCCAAACUUGCAUGUGACGAAAUGGGGCACCUUCCACCAUGAAAUCAAAAAAGACCCUAAGGGCCAUCUCUUCUUCGGCAUCGGAGACGAAGACAUGGGAACCCUAAAGGCCAAAUCAAUGAGGAUGAUCUAUGCGUUCACCUCAUUGACUAUAAGGCCAAAGGUCGAAAAAAAAACUGAAGCGGGGCCCAGUAAGUAA